CGAGCAGGAAAAGAUGUGGAUGCUGUAAGCUUUCCUCGCAUUUCGGUUGGAGGAUCCCGCUUUCCCCCUCCCGCACCUCUUUCCCUCUGGCUUCCAGGCUCCCGAGGUGCCUGGCGUCUGAGCUCGGACCCACGAGGAGGUGGAACCGGUGACGUGGCGUUCUCACGUGCUCGGAAGCAGAAGGCCGUGUUCGAGCGGGGAGGAGAUCCCGCUGCGGGGUCUUUCGUGCUGUAGGGACAGUGCGGAGGGGCCCAUCUGACGCAGUCUUCCUCGCCGUCCAGACACCAAGUAGGCAAUGCUGAAAGCCGUGAUCCUAAUCGGGGGCCCCCAGAAAGGGACCCGCUUCCGACCCUUGUCCUUUGAAGUGCCCAAGCCCUUAUUCCCAGUGGCAGGGGUGCCCAUGGUACAGCAUCACAUUGAGGCAUGCACUAAGGUGCCCCACAUGAAGGAGAUUCUCCUGAUUGGCUUCUAUCAGCCUAAUGAGGCACUCAGCCACUUCCUGGUGUCUGCCCAGCAAGAGUUCAAGAUCCCUAUCAGGUAUCUGCAGGAAUACGCAGCGCUUGGCACAGGUGGUGGGAUCUACCACUUCCGUGAUCAGAUCCUUUCAGGGAACCCUGCAGCCUUCUUCGUGCUCAAUGCCGAUGUCUGCUCUGAAUUCCCCCUUGAGGAGAUGCUUGCCUUCCAUCGUCAGCAUGGCAGUUCCGACAGCUUCCUCAUGCUGGGCACCACGGCCAAUAGGAAGCAGUCUCUGAACUAUGGCUGCAUCGUGGCAAAGGCCGACACACACGAGGUCUUACACUAUGUGGAGAAGCCCAGCACUUUUGUGAGUGAGCUCAUCAACUGUGGCAUUUACUUGUUUACCCCAGCCAUCUUCCAUCACAUUGGGGAAGUCUUCCAACGUAACCAACAGGAGCUGCUCUUAGAGGAGAACACAAACGGUUGGCAGCGGGCUGAAGCUAUCAGACUGGAGCAAGACAUCUUUACGGCCCUGGCUGGGCAGGGACGCCUCUUUGCCUACAAAACAGAAGGGUUCUGGAGCCAGAUCAAAUCUGCUGGCUCUGCCAUCUAUGCCAAUCGUCUCUAUCUGAGCUGCUACAGCCAGUGUCACCCAGAGAGACUUGCCCAGAACCAACCUGGUGGGCCCAGCAUCCGAGGGAAUGUCUAUAUUCAUCCAACAGCCUCAGUGGAUGCCAGUGCUGUGCUGGGCCCCAAUGUCUCCAUUGGGAAAGGGGUGACCAUCGGUGCAGGAGUGCGAGUGCGGGAAUCCAUUAUUCUGCAUGGAGCGUCUCUCCAGGACCAUACCUGUGUGCUCAACAGCAUUGUCGGCUGGGACAGCACAAUUGGACGCUGGGCUCGUGUAGAGGGUACCCCCAGUGACCCCAAUCCAAAUGAUCCCUAUGCAAAGAUUGACAGCGAGACACUCUUUCGAGAUGGCCGCCUCACUCCAUCUAUCACUAUUCUAGGCUGCAACGUGACCAUUCCUGCUGAAGUAGUCAUCCUGAACUCAAUUGUGCUUCCCCACAAGGAACUCAGUCGCAGCUUCAAGAAUCAGAUCAUUCUUUAAUGGACCGUGAACUGAACUCACCUCUGGUGACUUCCAGACAGAAAGUUCAAGAACCUCAUAAUAAUGUAGCUUGUGACUUCAUCAGACUUAUUCUCAGGCCUUGUUCAGUCUUUGCUCUGGUAGGCCAAGAUCUAUGGCUUUGGUAUCAGCUGCAACAUCCUUCUGGACCUUUCCAGGGAAUGGGAAUAUGAGCCUCUUUCUUAGGCUGGAAGGAAUUGAAAUGGCGCCCUAACUUGACUGCCAGAGAACCUCCCUAAGGAAGAAGCCUGUCUGAACCUUGGGGCUUUCUCACUAUGGGCCCUUGACAGGGAAAGGUGUGUAGCUUUCUCUCAGUCCCGAGAGGACUGGAGACAUCUCUGCAGACUUCCGUGGCUGUCAGAUGCCUUCAUCAUCAUCCAGUUGAAUCCCAUCCACCCCAAGAGCUCCAUUCCUGGUGCCACCUAUGAAACAGAACGGGGGCAACUGCAACUUCAGAUCAAGUACUGCAGCUCACGUUAAUUCCCCCUUCCCCUCCAUGUAGUGCCCCUUUUCCAUCUGGCCCAGCAUUCUAAACUUGUGCACUAAGGAAUUUGUCAGACAAUGGCCCCAUACCUGCCUCUGGUCCUUUAUGAUGAGGAGGAACUGAUUUGUUUCCAAGUUCUAGUACAAUGCAAGCCAAGUUGAAACUUUGAAACGAAUGAGAAAGUGUUGGCAAGAAAUCACCAAUAACAAAUGUAUAUUGUGGAAAGUGUUUGGGUAUGUUAGCUCCAUCUCAGUGAAUGGAAUAGCUUCCCAUAAGGCCUGGAACAAGAGCUGCUACCAUACAGAGCCUUUUGGGAAAGGAAGCAGAUAAGGACUCCCAACACACAAAGUUUCCACACUGCAGUUAGAUUCAACUGGAGCCCAACUCUCUCAUUCAGUUCUCUGGAGAAAGAAGUCCUUACCCAUCACGUGCCUUACCAUGAAAGACCUGAGGUUGCAAAGGCAAUGCACCUAGCUGUCCUCUUCUUUUAAUUAUUUGAUUUUUUUUAACUAUUUGAAAAAUAUAGUGGCCUGGGUUGGGAGCAGUUUAUCUUUCUUCCCUCCCCACCCUGUUACCCAUGUUCUGGGCAGGGGAGUGGAAACAAACGUGCCUAGAAAAGCCCUGUUUUUGCAAGGCUUCUCUAUGCUCUCAUCUCUGUGCUAGCAGUGAGAAGAGAAGAUGAAUGAAUGAAUGGUCAUCCUGGGUUAACCCUCGCCAUGUUCAGUGUUGUGGUUGAUGGGGGAGGUUAGUUUAACACGGUACCCUCCAGGGCUCUUCUGUGUUAAAUGUAACCAAAUGCUGACUGGCUUUUCAAGUCCCUGUGAUAGGCUAAUCAACGCCUACCACCAUCCCAAAUGUUCUAAGGUGGCAUUUUUCAAAGUGAUGUUUCGUCGCAAAGUCUCGCUUCUAUAGACUCCUGGGUCCCAAACAGCUAAAUCAAUACACGUCCUUUGAACAGGUUUGUGCUGAUCCAUCUCUGCUGGUUUUUCUUUUGAGUCCCACUAGGGAGCUCCUGGGAAUGUUCAUCGGAUACCCAUUUAUCAAGAGAGGAUUUAUCUUUCUCCUGCUACUGGAAGCAUGAUCUUUUUGCAGCUAGUUAAUGGCAAAGGCAAGCUGAUAAUGGUAAAUUAGCAACUUCAGCUAACUGCUUCCUGUAACCUUUCAUUGCCUGCCCCCCCGCUCCCCCCAUCCUGCAGGUUAGAGCUAACUAUCUUGGCGGCCAGCAAUACCGACCUGAUCUGAUCUCAUUUGGUCUCUGAAGCUAAGCAAGUUCCAGUCUGGUUAGUAUUUGGAUGUGAAGGUGCCUGGGAAGCCUAGACUGAGAAGUCAAAAACCAUCCCAUAAGGAAUGCAGUUUCUGUACUGCUGUCCAGACCACGUGAUGGAGUUGGGCUUAACUUGAAGGAGGCUCCUGUUUGCUUUCUAUUUGCCCCUAAGACCUCAGAGCUUAAGUGAUGGCUAGAAACAGAAUAGGGAAAUUUGUGAAUGAGCCUAACAAUCCUUGGAAAGGAUUUGGUGCUUGCAGCAUUAGUCAUACGUUACAAAUGUGUUUUUCCUGAUGAUGAUUUGUUUUAUUGUAAGCCAGUUGUUAGAAGGGGAGAUGGCAGUGAAGGAUGUUCUUAUUCUUUCAGGAGCUGCAGCAGGAGAUGUAAAUAUAAUCAGCAUUGUCUGAUUCUGCUCGCGUUUAAUUCUGUUUAAGAAAGCAGAAGUCCUACUACUCUCUGAUGUGAUGAUAAUUCAACUCAAUUGGACUCACCUCUAAAUAGAUUGUGUCAUGCGAGUAGCAAUUGCUCCAAACUUUCUCCAAGAAAAAGGGAGCUUCAUAGAUGGUUUUGUACGGUUUGGAAAAAUUGGGGAGGGAAUGAUGCAAAGUCCUGCGGCUUGUAAUUUGUUGAGUUUUUUUUUUUAAACUUUCUAUAAAUAUUUAGAAAAUGUUAAAAUGUUAAACAACAUACUUCCCUGGAAGCCAUGCUGAAACUAGUAAGAACUGUAAAAAUGUUUGCAGAGAUUUUUUGCUGCCCUGGCUUACUUCUAAGUAGACAUGCAGAGAACAUGUGUAUGCAAAUGAUGCUCUUGAUUUUUUCAGGAUACAUUCAUACACACAACACCCACACACUUAGCUGCUUUAACUUUGGCCUCAUCAAAAUGGAUUGUGGCCCUCAAAACAUUUCUCAGAACUAAUUUCUAAAAGAUUCCUUUUUCGCCAAUAACCAUCAUGAACAUAAUACGCAAUCUCUAUCUUAUCCACAUUUAAUCUGAUCGUCAGAAUUGUUCACAGGUCACUGGGUAUAAUACUUAAAUGUAUAAGAAGGAACAAACUGAAUACCUGAAUUUGGCUAGUGUGGUGCGGUGGUGAAGGUGCUGGAAAGGCCUCAGGGAAAGCCGGCUUCAGGUUCCACCUACAGCCAUGGAAAUUGGUGGGUGAGUUUGGAUCAGUCACACAGACUCAGCCUAACCUACCUUGCAGUGUAGUUGUUAUGGAGGGCAGUGGUUGGUGAGAGAAAAGGAAGGAGGGGGUGCUCUGUAGGUCACCCUGAGUUCCUGAACAUCUAACAAAGGAUGAAAUGGGUAUCUUGCUUUAGGCCUUGAAUUUGAAACUACAUCCCCAUUGAUUGAUAUGAUUUGAUUUGAUCUCUAUAGCCGCCCAUCUCAGCAAGUGACUCUGGGCGGCUUACAACAAUACCAUAAAACAAUUAAAACAAUUAUAAUUAAAACAGUUAAAAUACAAAAUAAAUACAAAAUAAAUAUACAUGGCUGCCAAGUGAGCAAUGCAUGGAUAUUAACAUAGCCAAGAGAUGGGACCAUCCACACGCUCGAGGCCCCAGGCCCGGGCACAAAGCCAGGUCUUUAUAGCCUUACGAAAGGCCAACAGGGUCAGAGACAUCCUAAUUUCUGGAGGAUGUUCCAGAGGGCAGGCGCUACGGAGGAGGAGGCAUUUUGGCAGAAAUGACUAACGUAGCUGUUGACCCACUUGCACCUGUUGCCCAGACUGAGCCUUUGGGUCCUUGGUUGUGGAGUUUGGCCUCGGGCCUUCCCCAAACCCAUUUGGCCUCUUUCCUGCCACCUAAAGAUGCCCACCCCUGCUGGAUUCGACAGCUGGUCUGCUUUAAUCCUUUUCCGCUUCUGCCCUGCUAAUGGAAUUGUGAACUUUAUCUUCCCUAAAAUGCAGGCUUUUGUAAAAUGGGAUGGGGACCGUCUCUGUGCUGGACUGUGAGAUUAGGUGGGGGGAGAUUAUAAAGUACUUAACACACUGCUAUGGCUUAGGGUGGGAAGGAAUUAAAA